UUGUAUAUAUAUAAAAUUAAAAAAUUUUCAGUUUUACUAAAUUCUUGUGAAAUCCAAAUUACAUUUUAUUAAUUAAAAUUAAAAACUUAAAAAAAAAUCAGUCAUGGACUUUACACUUUUAGAUUUUUUAAUUUCAUGUGGAAGUAUUUUACUAGCGGGAUUUUUAAUAUCUGAAAUAUUGGAACGGACAAAAUUAUUGACAACUAGCGAGAAUGAUCCCAUAAAUUCUCCAUUGAAUGUAAUUAUCGAUAGUGGUAUCGAUUGUACAAACCCAGAUGAUAAAUCAGAAUCAGAAUCAGUUGUCGAGGGUUCAAAUCGAUUGCCGAUUGAUAUAGAAACUCGUCGCGUUGCUGUAAUCGAACUUUGCGAGCCAUUAAAAUGGCACGGAUACUCAUCCCAACCAGUUGCCAUGACAAUGACAAACGAUGGAAGCUCAAUUGUAGUACGAAGUUUUUGGUCGAGAGGAGUGCGUCCGCGUAUUGUCGGUGGCCCACUAAAGGGCUCGUAUCAUUUUAACUCAAUAAUAUUAAAUUGGGGAUUAACUGAUGAUAAUGGUAGCCAACAUACAAUAGAUAGCAUGCGAUAUCCACUUGAAAUGCAGUUGGUUCAUAUUAAAGCUGAAUAUGAUAGCCUUGAGGAUGCUAUUGUUUCAAAAAAUAAAGAAUCAGUAGCUAUUGUUUCAUUUUUAUUCGAGAAGGGAGAUAAUGAUAACAGUACCUUGGACCCGAUAAUAACAAAUUUGUCACGUGUCACUGACGCAAACACAAAAGUCUACAUACCUCCAUUCUACCUCGACACUUUAUUUCCAUUAUUCGAAAGCAAAUUCUAUAGCUACAAUGGAUCGUUAGCACAGCCCCCGUACUCUGAAAUAGUGACAUGGAUUAUUCAAUCAAAAUUACUCGGCGUGUCUUCGUUUCAAAUGGCUCAAUUUCGUAAAGUACAUUCAUGUGGUCCAAUAAUUAAUAACCCAAGACCUAAAUUAUUAUUAAAUGAUCGGGAUAUUUAUUUCCACGAAUUAAAUUAAAUUUAAAGUGUACAGACCAUUAUAAAUAUAUAUAUAUGUAUACAUAUUUAUUUUUUUUUAUUAUUAUUACUAUACAUAUAUUAUAUAUAUAGACAAUUCUUUUUUACACUUUAUUUUACUGUACACGAAAAUAAUUACUUUUUUUUUUUUAAUUAAUUAAAAAAAAAUCGAGCGAUGUAUAGAAAAUAUAUGUGCUUUAAAUCAU